AUGGCACCAUCGAGACGUCGUGCAAGGUCUUCAGAAGUAGUCACCAGUGAUCAGGUAGCUCAAGGCCUUCAUCAACUGACGCAGAUCACCCGGAAGCUGAGCAAUGCCCUUCUCAACAACAACCACCCUCUUCAGAAUGGGAAUCGCGACGUAGUGCGCCAAGUCGCAAAUUUGUCGUACGCUGUCAACCGCCUCUGUCAGUUUAUGCAUUCCCCUACUGACGACCACUGGGGCCUUGUUAAGCGGGUGUUGCGAUACGUCAAGGGGACUCUACAUUAUGGUUUGUAUCUCUCCCCCUCUUCUUCCUCGGCCAUUCAUGCUUUCUCGGACUCUGAUUGGGCAGGAUGUCCACACGACAGGAAGAGCACCAGCGGGUAUGCAGUGUUCUUAGGAGACAACCUCAUCUCCUGGCUCUCUCGAAAGCAGCGCACAGUGGCCCGCUCGUCAACUGAGGCAGAAUAUAAAGCCUUAGCCGAUGUCUCGGCUGAGGUCACCUGA